GAUCUGCGUUCACAAGGGACUCAGGAUUCACCCAAAUCAACUCUCAUACUCGGCUACGCCCAUCAAGAAGCGGCGUCGUGGUCAGUAACGGUACAAGGGCUUCUCGACCAUGCAGUACAUGUUCAAUGGGAGGAAUCGGGUGCAGACGGGAAAACGGAAAACAGCUAUGCAGCUCGCUGCAGGGGACCUAAACAUGAGGACAUUAUCUCGCCCAUCCCAAAGAACUCAGCAGGAAAUCUGCUCUCGGGAAUCGCGAUCACCACCGUCUCGUAGCAGCUCAGAGCCGCCACUUCCCUCCAGCCACCCUUCCUACAGCCGCACAUCCUCCUUCGGCUGUUUCCCCCUUGCAAUGGCAGGCUUACCCACACCGUUUACGUCCAUCACCGACCAUCCCGCGGUGCAUCAUGUCCUUCUCUACCACCAUUCAGCCACCAUUACCCAAGCCAGCCCGAAUACGUGCCGGCAAAGCUCGCCUCCAACAGCAGGAGCAUCAAUAGUCCACCUCCUCAUCGCAGCAACGCUGAAUCACCUCCGCCGGACCUUUGUCCCGUGGCUGGGGCAGUGGAUAUGGUACGCCCACCCGCUGGAUGACCUCCGGUUGGCCGUGUCAAAUCCAGACGUCUUUCUGGGCGAGGUGAUCCUGGGGUACUCGUCGACUUGGGCUGUGGGGAGUUCUGCGCUGAAGGUUAUCUGGCAUGUGGGUAUGCUGGCUGCGUUGUCACGUCUACUUGACGGGAUCGGCGAUGAUACAGGUGGAGAGCGGACUCUGGGGAUGGUGAGGGGUGGAAGGAGGCGUGGGAGGAAGGGUGGGAGUGAGGGGAAGAAAAAAGGGUGGAGCGUGGGGAAGGCGGCCAGGAUGAAGCGGAUGAAGCAAGAUGAUAGUUAUGGGGAGGUAUGGACGGAUACUGCGAGAGUGGGAUACCUGCUGUGGGUGAUGGUGACAGCCGAAUACGUCUUUGCCAGAGCCAUGAACACGGCUGCGUGCCUGGUGGCGUGUUACAAAAUCCUUACGGGAGGGGAGACGGGACGUGUUACGCUAAGAUAUGUGCUGAGGACGAACCUGCUCAAAGUUCCGUUUGUCCUAUGGCAGUUGGUAUGGUAUCUGAGAAAUGGGUUCUGGCCGCUCGUCUUGGGGAGUGUGUCUUGGGCGGUUCACGGCCAACCGGGCCUGCUUAUAACGGGUUUGGGCUGCAUGGGGGGCGUAAUGGCGUUGCUCAAAUACCGGAGUACGUUCUACAUCGCCCUCGAGAUUUGUAACGUGUUUGUUUUCCUCGGGUUCGUGUUGGUUGGUCUUGUCGUCUUGCGGUUGGGUAUAUACUCUAAUCCACUGGGUUGCAAGUGAGCACAUCCGGAGAAUCGAUUCAGGUCGGAAGAGCAACUGCGACAAGGGUGGAGCCCUUCGAGGAAGGGAUGUAACUUAAGACAAUGGCGGUAAUCAUGUAUCAUCUCUGGCAUUGAGGAUCGCGUCUGGUCUGUGUGCGCAAGAAUGCUAGUCAGCGCGUCCAGCUACACUGCCAUUCAGG